UUCAUGCCUCCUGCGUUAUUAAUAAACACAAAGUUAAACAGUGUUUUCCUGAGGACAUACAAACAGCAAAGAACUACUUUGAGGUGCAAACCAAGCUGUGCUUUAAGACUGAAACACUGGGGCUGUCAUCUCCAAAACAUUUGUUAUGAACAGAAAACAACAAGUGGAAGAUGGUAACAACAAUAAAUCUACUGAGGAAUUACACAGUGAUGAAGUUUCAACACAGCAUGCACAGACCGACUCUGAAACAGAGGCUGUUUUCAACCCGUAUGACCCAACAUGGCUGAAUACAGUGAAGAUUAACCAGAUGGGGAUGAAAGCUCUGGGGGAACUUUUUGAGUACUGGAUCCAACAAGUGUCAGGUCUGGAGAGGGAGAGGGACGAGCUGAUCCAGGAGCUUCUGAGUCUGCAGGACCCUAGGCUGCAGGUUGUGGAGCACCUUAGAGGAAAGCAAAGGGAGGCAAAGAGGCUCCUCAGUCAGGCUCAGCUGGAUUAUGCUGCUGUUCAUAAGGAAGUGCAGCAGGUGAAGAGGAAACUAUUCAGCACAGCCAGAGACUGCAUCCAGAGUCAGGUGAUGCUGGCUGCGCAGGAGUACGAAGUGGCUCAGUGUGCUAUUACACAGGAGGACCUCAAGGCCAGUCUCCAUGUUCUGACCCAUGAGUUUCGCCAGCUGCAGGAUAACCACCAGAAUCAGCUGAACUAUCUCAGAAAUCAGGCCUCAAAGCCGUGCAGGUUGAGGGCCAUGAGUGAUGUCAGCCAGUGUCGACAGGCCUCCAUCAGGCUGCAGCGGAGGCUCAGUGGAAGCAUGAUGGCACUGGAGGGCUGGUACAAACCCCGGAUGGUGGCCCUGCUGAGGAGAAGGCAGGCCGCCGAGGAAGCAUUGAGAAAAUCCAAAGACCAGGCUUUGGACCUAAGAGAUAGGGUAGCCCCUUUAAGAGAAGACGUAAAGAGGCUAGAGAUGCAGAAAUCCUGUCUGGAGAAAAAGAUUACUCUUAUGACGACAGAGAGGGAGGAGAGAACGGCACAUCACACGGAGACUGUGGAAAAACUACAAGACACACUGAAAGAAUUAAAAGUGGAGUUUGAGGUCCAAAAGAACUAUAGAAAUAAUUUGGAGGAGCUCAUAGAGGGCCUGAAAACAGAGCUCAUGUUUUUAAGAGGCAGAGAUGAACCACGUAACAUCUCUGAAGAGGGAGAACAAUUAUCUGUCUCCAGAGGGUGAGAGCAGAGCAAACAGUACAUCCCACUACAGCAUCUGCAGUGCAAGGUUUACAGCAUGGCCUCUGUUAUCCAGCUAUUUGGGUCUUUUUUAGAUGUUUCCUAAAUCAGUUAAACCUUUCCAGGAUCACCGAACACACACAAAAGAAUAAAUCUACCUUCCGGCUUAGCUCCAUUAUUUCAAUCACUUUACUUGUUUCUCAAACAGUGAAAAAAGAAUCAGUAUGAUUCUGUCACCACCAUGCUAAACUCUUGACUUUAGAUUUGUAAAUAUCACAUUAAAUGUCC